AACGUAUAAACAGAGCCUCUUCACAGACAACCAGAGUUUGCCCCUUUCGAAGCGUGUUGUUAUAAGUGGCGUUCAUAAGUGUUCUUGCUGUCAUUCUCAAGGUCCCUCGUUGUGUGUGUUUUUGUUGUUCUGAGUUGGGCACCGUAUUUCCCCGAUUAGGUGGUUUUUUUGUCUGUCUCUGCUUUUGUCUCUGUCUUCUCCAGUACAUUUGAACCUACCAGGUUUGUGAGUUUGUCCUGCCGUAUUCGGAAGAGACGUGGUGGACAUUUUUCAACCACAAGAUAAGACAAUGAACACUCAACAGCCUUCGAGCCCAUUUGCUGCUCUAUCACAGAUGAGUCCACAGAGCAGGACCCGAAACACGAAGAAUCUGUCUCUACAGCUGAGUAAUAAUGACCGAGCACAGGAUGGUGACGAUACAAGGGCAUUGCCAUGCUCGUCACCUUUCCAAACCCCACAGUUAUACAGACACAGAUCGUCGGUGUCGAGGGCGUCCUCAGACUGCUCGAAGCCGUCGUUGACAAGAAGACUGACUCUCACAAUACCGACAACUGAUUCCAGUAACCAACCCAAUGGCAAUAACACGCUCGCCAACACCAACACCAACAGCAGCAGUACGAGCAGCAGUGCCAACUCUAUGAGAUCAGGGGAGAUUAAGAGUAUUCCGAGCUUCACGAGCUCAUCGCCGAUAACGUCGUCCCCAAUUAUCCCACAGACCCCUGACUUCACCGCUACGUUUCUGAACUCGAAGGAAUCGUCAUCACAGUCAUCAUCCUCAACGUUGAACACAGUAUCAUGUAAUGCCGAGAACGGUGCCUCGCUCAGGACGCGCACGCUGAUUCAUAAUGUCUCGACGAUGGAUGUCUCCAAUGACGGCGAUACGCACAAGAUGAAUGCCUACCCAGAUGGUCCAGUGUGCGUGCUUGCACCUCAUUUGUUCCUAUACUCUGAGCCGACACUUCAGCAGGUGUCUGGGUUUGAUGUUGUGAUCAACGUUGCUAGAGAAUUGACCCCACCAAUGUUACAGCAACAUGUGUCCUCCAGUGACAUGUCCUUAAAGCAUUUCACCCACGAUUCUACAAACUACUACUACGUUCCAUGGACUCACACUUCAAAACUAUGUCCUGAUUUGCCCUACCUAACACAGCUCGUCAUUGAUUCCAUCAACGCAAACAAGAAGAUACUCAUCCACUGUCAAUGUGGAGUGAGUCGAUCGGCAUCGUUAAUCGUUGCAUGUUUUAUGAAGUUAUACAAUGUCUCUUUGAACGAUGCUUACUCGAUGCUAAAAGAAAGGGCACCUGAUAUCUCUCCAAACAUGUCACUAAUCUUUCAACUAAUGGAAUGGGGUGACUUAAUAGGAGUCAACAAAAAGACCCCAACUGACAACAUAUACACCCCUGGCUUGGAGAUAUCAAUGAAUCCACUGAGCGUUGAAGGCUCAAAUCUGAUGUGUGGAUCCAGUGUGGAUGUGAAAAAGUAUUAAAUUCUACAUACAGGUGAAUAAUGAAUGCAAUAAUGACAACAUGGUAAU